GGGGUGGGUGGGUCGCCAGUGAAUCGAUCAAGCUUGCCAAUCAUAGGAGAGCCAUCCGUUCUUUAUACAGUAACCGAGGAUUACAAUGAGACGAUGAGAGAUUGUGCAUUGUCACGAUGCGAAAGUGCGACGCCGCCCUAUUAUCCCAGAAAGGUGCGUUCGUUGUGUGGCGUGGCGACACUUGAACCAACAACAAUUCACUAGUCUCUCACUCUCUCACUCUCCUUCCUUCUUCGUCUAUUCUGGCCCUACAGGACCAUCUCAUGUGAGGAUGCCGAAGAAACCAAUCACCCCCUCCACCGAACCAGGUUGGCGAAGGCUCACCAUCCCACGUAAACGCCCCCGCUCACCAAAUCCUCCACUCUCAACGCCUCGACCAUUCAACGCGGAGAUCUUCGGUAACAUUGCGAGGAUUCUGAUCGAUGAGGGAGACACCACCGACACUGAGUCCUUCGCCCUCGCCAACAGCACCUGCUUCCACGCCGUCGUUCCAAGGCGAUGGCAUUGUGUGAAACUCAGAUCGCCAGAAGCGGUGCUCGCGCUCCUAUCUGGUCUACAGGCGGUCUCUCAAAAGCGAGAGUCCUCAUCAGAUGCUGGGCAGAAUUGUGCCAAGAGCCAGCGGUACGAGUUCUACCUCGCUUGCAUGCGACAUCUUGACAUUGAUCUAGAAUCCUGGUAUCACACAUCGGCAGAAAAGAAAGGACCUUCCGAGUUGGAGUAUUGGCAGCCCCUCACUGACAAUCCUCCUGAGUUAAGGGAGCUGAUCGCACUCGACACACUUCGAGUUGAAACGAUCGACAUUUAUGAUGGCUCCGUUAUCUGGCUAAACAUGGUGUUCAGCUGCUUCCAAGCGCGCCAUCUGCAAUGGCAGGCUCAAAAUCUUGCUGAAGAGUGGUACGACUGGGGUAUCUGGGGCGAGUCCAGAGAUAAGAUCGUGGAGACUCUUUCUCUACGAUGGGAUACGGAACGUCUCGAAAGCUACGACGUUCCAAUCCCUUGCCCUUUGUUGCCAAGCGAAAAAUUCCGAAUGGUCAUCUCGGGUCGAAUUGUGUGGGACCUACCAUCGGUACUGAGGAGCGUGUGGUGGAAGGAGGUAGGAUACGAGAUAAUCUCAGCGUAUAUGACCGACAAGGGAUGCAAUCACAAGGUUUCACUUCGAGGACCCGUGUGGCUUGUCCUCAGUCCUCUGGAAAAUUUCAGAAACAUAACAAACUACUUCCCUACCGAGCCUGUCUCGGUAGAUCAACUCGAAAGCGUUCCAGAGGAAUGGUUCGAAUUCGUGCAUGUCCCCUUCGACACCUUCGAGGACCUCGGAGACUUAUGGAGAGCCUGUGUCAAGUUGGACAUCUGGAGUGAGGCACAAGCUGAGGACAGGGAGGAAGAUUUCAUGAGAUUGGUGUGUCCUGAGGAGGCAGACUGAAGCGAGGCAGUGCCGGUUCUGGAAGGAUGUCGUUCCGCUGUUGUGCAUAUUCACUAUCAGACAUUCAGAGAGCAGAUCAGAGCCUCUCAAGUCUGGAUUCUUGCAAACACGAGAGUCUCAACAGCAUGCAUGGGUU